GCAUUUUCUGUCCCUUGGAGCCAGAUGCUCACACCGGACGAUACAAGUCCCCAGUCUCCAAGUUGGGGAUGACAUGGGCUGGGUAUGUGAAUGCACUCACUGGUGACACCCUGUCCUUCGAGAGGAACGGCAAGUGGUGUGUGGGCCCGGACUGCUCGUCGCCGGUGGGCGGCGCCGACCCCGUAGGUGUUUUGAUGACGAUGCUGGAGGUUCUGAAUGUCACAAACUUCGACGGGCACUUCGAGGCCAAGGGUGUCCCCUCGAUGGAUGAAGGGGGAAUGGACGACUUGGCCAAGAAGCUCAAGGCGAUUAAGCCUCCCAAGAGGCCAGCGCAGCCGGCCAAGCCCAAACUACAGGACUUCAAGGCAGAGAUGCCCAAGUACGCAGACGAGUGCCUCGACUACGGGGAGUUGUGGAACAAGCUCACCGAAACGCACAUAAACGCGGACAAGGAGGAGGUCGUGGAAGAGUCCAAGCUGGAGCCCGAUGUAGGCACCGUUGACGCCGAGCUGCCAGACGUCCACCCCUGCGAGAUUGUACAGACCACUGGCUUUGGAAUAUUUGGCAGGCUAGGGGAAGGCGACGGCAAGAAUUCACCUCCCAAUCUUCUCUACAAGGAUUGGAUCCGGUGUAUGCAAGGGGACAUCAAUCGAGAUAUGCUCUCUGGCUACAUGGAGUUCGGCAACAGCCUAUACCACAGCAUCGCCAAUGUUGUUCACUCUGCAGUCAAGCUGGUCUGCGCCGCCCUUCCUAGCACAGUCAUUGCUCCACUGGGCGUUGGUGUCGAGCCUCAGCCGCCCAAGAUCUGUUCCGAAGUUACGGACUUGGUGCGAACAAUAGUGGAUCUUCCCUUUGACAUCUCCAAGCAAGCAGUGGAUCUCCAAGUUGAAAUAGAAGGAUACAAGGCCUGCAAUCCCUACGAGGCUGGCUUCUCACGGCUUUUCUGUGACAUCCACUGCGUGCGGGAUGCUGUCAUACGUGGCGACCGCACCAUUCUGCGAAACUUGGAAGAGGCUACCAAGAUCUCGAAUGACAACAUGAGGAAGAUGGUGGAGUGGUCCACGGAAGCAACCAGGACAGAAACAGAAUACCUGGACAAGAAGAUCGACCACUCCCUCAAGAUCAACACUAUUUACUUGCACCACAUUGCCAAGAACACACAGCCCAAAGAAGAGGAGCUUUUGCAGAAUGCUGUGACUGCCACGGGAUCCAUGCUCGCCGAGCUCAAGGGCUUUGCCGAGAUCUCCUCUUUGGGCGUGUCGCGUGUUGCUGCCGGGGAUGCUCUGACAAGGUUUCUUUCCGCCGCGGAGCCUUUGGUCGAGGGCAACGCCACACGUACCGGCCAGGUGCAGAAGUUCCAGAGCUUGAUGUCCGACCUGUACCAGACGAUGCGGGCAUCCACGGGCGGGCUGACAAAGGCGCAGGCUGUAGGACGGCAGGUCGCCCGCGAGGCUCAGCAGCUGCAGGAGCGGACGCGCCGGCAAGCGCAGGUCUUGGGCAUUUAUCGGGCGCACAGCCGCGAUGCACACAAGGCUGCAAAGUCCUGGGCUCGAUUGGACGCGGAGCGGACGCUCGUGACGUUGGACAAGUUGUGGUGGCGCAUCAGAGACAGGCUGGACCGCUACAUUGACAUCGCCGGGGCCGAGAUCACCCAGCUUGAACGUUCCCUCGCCACGCUGGCCGAGUACGAGAAUUGCAAAGCAGGCACUUUGAACUUGCUGCAGUCAUACUCCUCCGGCAUGAAGUCGAUGCGCCGGAGCCGCGCUCAGCUUCGAGCUGUUUGGCGGGAGACAUCCAACCUGAUGGGCGAGCUUGCAGCGAUCAUCAGUGAUGGCGAUGUCUUCGGGAGCCUCAUGGCUGCUGAGGGCUGCAAGUCUGCCUUGGCGGCGCAGACGCUGGAUCAGAUUCGCUUCGUGCUGCAAGACUCCGGCUUCUUGAUCCACCGCUUUGAGGCGGCUAACCUACCGCAGCCAGAUGUCUCCGUAUUGCAGGCGGCAGUGAAGCAGAUCCACACAGCUUACGACGCGGCAUGGUCAUCUUGCCAUGCAGACGGUCCUCGCAACACAUGA